AUGUCCAAUAACACUGAAACUGAAGAGAAGCCCAUACUACUAAUUCUACAAGACCGGAGCCACAUCGAAACCAUCGAAUCACGUAACCUACGAAGCCAAGCUCUCGACCUCGUCAAUACCCUCGAAAAGCCAACAGCACCAGCACAGUCAUCACUCCUCCCAGAUACCCUCCUCGAUCUCCUCAGCACCAUAAUAAAACCGCUCUUUUCCAAUUCCAAGUCUUCACGACUCACCUCUACUGGUCGUAAGAACCUCGUCACUAACGACCCUGUACCAGCUUCAGUGACGCGUUUUGCGUCGCUCUACGACGAGGCAGAUUCUCGACCAGCAUGGAAGAAUGGCUGGACUGAUAGUCUACUUCUGUUCGUGCUACGGAGCUAUGGCAGGAUCGGAGACGGAGAGCUGAGGCGGAAAACCCUUGAAGCGCAAUUUUAUCUUCUGGUUCCGGCGAUAUUACAUCAACUGGAUGAUUCUGAGAUAGGGUAUAAGUGCUUAGGAUGUCAGUGCUUGGAGCUUCUGUGUGAGGCUUUGGUGAAGGCACGGAGUGCGAUCUUGAGGAUGAGUGGGUUGAUGGAUGUAUUCGUUGAUGCAUUGAGGAACGAUUUUAGUAUGCUACCGACGUUGACGCCUGAGGGGGACAGUCUUAGAUUAUUUAGGAGGAUGUAUCCUGCUUUUCGAAGUUUGGUUAAAGCUCGCUUCGUUGUGGUAGCUGGGAAGGAACGCAACAGGGACAAAGCAGAGGAAGAAGAGGAGGCCAGGCAGAAAUACCUGACGUUGCUGUUGCGGCAUCAGCUUCUAUAUGCGCUGAACCAUCUCUCCACAGGUACAGGUGCUGGAUCUACGAUGAGUGCGGCGCUAUCCACGUUGUUCAUCUCGCAGCUUGGGUGGAUCUUUCAGGACAUGGGAAUUGCCAGUGUGGUGCAUCUGCAGGAUAUUCUACCUCUGCUCCGGCAUGUGCUAUGUGAUCCUUUCGCCGUUAGCUCACCGGAACUGCUAUUGCAGAGCAUCAAGGCUAUGCAUGCCAUAGCUCAUACUUGCCGACCACGAAUACGAGACGUGUGGUGGGGAGAAUGUUUGAGGGCAGCUGUUGGUUGCUGGCUGAAUGUUAUCGAUGAGGAACAAGACAUGAAGGAUUUCGGGGCCGAAGCGAAGCUAAAGGGGCUGAAGCAAGAGUUGAAGGCCUUUACGUCUUCGCUAAAGGAUAUAGUUGGACGGCAUUUUGAGGAUACAGAAAAAGAGCUCCUAGCAGAAGAGUCUGAGCUGAAGAGCUUGUUUGAUGGUCAUAUAGUGGAUAGCCUACAGCCUAAGCGGGACAAGGUUCUGAUCAGUGAGGUCUAG